CCCGCCAUUUAAACAACAGAAGAAGAAGAAGCCCGCGGAAGAACCAUACCAUACCCAUACCUCUGUUGUUUUCUUCAUUGCGGUGUUUUUUUGUGGUUAUGGAUUUCGGAAAGGAGAGGGUGGUCGCGCUGGUGGACAUGGAUUGCUUUUAUGUGCAAGUGGAGCAGCGAAUUAAUCCCGAACUAAAGAAUAAACCCUGCGUUGUAGCUCAAUACAAAACAUGGAAAGGAGGGGGUAUUAUUGCAGUGAGUUAUGAAGCCAGGGCACAUGGAGUCACCAGGAACAUGUGGGCGGAUGAUGCCAAGAAGCUGUGCCCUGAUCUGCAAGUCGCACGGGUCAGAGAGUCACAUGGCAAGGCUGAUCUUACCCAUUAUAGGGAGGCCAGUGUGGAGGUGAUCGAGGUGAUGUCACGCUUUGCUGUCAUUGAGAGAGCGAGUAUUGAUGAGGCGUACAUGGACCUCACUGCAAGUGUUCAGCAGAGGCUUAAGGACAUGACUGCCUUGGAGAUUAAACCCCAUCAUCUGAAAAGCACCUACGUACAAGGCUUUCCACAAAACACUGACCAGGAGGCACAUGCAGUGCUAGAUAAAGAUGAACAGCGGGCCAGAGGACUGAAGCAGUGGCUGGACCCUCUGCUCUCCUGUCCCCAAGCUAACUGCGCAGAGCUGAAUUUGGCAGUGGGGGCUAUUUUAGUGGAAGAGAUGAGGAGUGCAGUGGAGGAGCACACUGGAUUCCGCUGCUCUGCUGGAAUCUCACACAAUAAGGUGUUGGCCAAACUCGCAUGUGGUUUAAAUAAGCCCAAUCGCCAAACGGUUUUGCCACUAGGAUCUGUACCCGAACUUUUCAGCUCGCUUCCCAUUGGUAAAAUCCGAAAUCUAGGAGGAAAGCUGGGGACAUCCAUUACAGAGACACUGGGGGUAGAAAACAUGGGAGAGCUCACUCAGUUCACCAAAGUCCAACUGGAACAGCUUUUUGGAGAAAAGACCGGGCCGUGGCUGUAUGACUUGUGCAGAGGAAUAGAAUUCGAGCCUGUGAAACCUCGACAGCUCCCCAAAUCCAUUGGCUGCAGUAAGAACUUUCCUGGAAAAACAUGUUUGGCUACAAAAGAACAGGUGCAACAUUGGCUUCAUCAGUUGGCCCUUGAAUUAGAGGAAAGACUGAACAAAGACAGAGAAAUGAAUGGAAGAGUGGCCAAACAGCUGACUGUGGGCGUCCGGAUAGCUGGAGAUAAGAGACCCAACAGUUUUUCUCGCUGCUGUGCCCUAGCAAGAUAUGAUGCUGCAAAAAUCACUGUGGAUAGCUUAGCCAUCAUCAAGAGUCUUAAUACGGCAGGAAAUCACCAGGAAGCAUGGUCACCUGCCUUGACUUGUCUUCAUCUGUCAGCGAGUAAGUUUAGUGAUGCACCAUCAGUCUCAUCAGGAGCUAUAACAAGCUUUCUGUGCAGUGAUGCACCUUCAUCACAAUCACUUCUGGCCUCCACACAGAUCCCUAUUGUGGCCAAAACACAGCCAGCCCCCAAAGUCCCAGGGGCCAUCCAGUCUCUGUUUAACAAAGCUGCUAAAAAGAAAAAAAGCCAAGUGGAGGAAACUUGUACAGAAGAACCUACAUUUUUGUCACCCACGCCUGUGGAGAACAUAUCCACAGCUACUCCUAAAAAAAGCACAGGAGGAUCCAUUACUGGUAUCUCAUCCUUCUUCCAAAAAAAGAGCUUGGAGAAAAGUCUUGAGGUCACACACUCUCUCUCUAAUGACAAGAGUUUAAUAUCGACUAAAAAUAGGACAGACUCUGGUCAGGUUGAGACAACUGAACAAAGCUUCCGCAGUGAAACUAGUGUCUCUCUCUCUGAUCCGUUAAAUUACCCAUCAUGCAGUGCAGACACCACUGUAUCCAGCGAGGACCUUCACACAUGUGAGCGUUGUGGACAGAAGGUGUUGGUCUGGGACGUACCCGAGCACACAGACUACCAUUUUGCUCUGGACUUGCAGAAAUCACUCUCUGCAUCUUCCUCAACCUCCGGUGAUGGCCACAUUACAGCCAGAACACCUCAGACAUCACGUGGAAAGAGCAGACCAAAGAUUCAAAGCGGACCUGUGGCCAAAAGAGCCAAAGCUCAGGGAGCCACUGCCACACUGGAUUCCUUUUUUAAAAAGACAUAAUACAUUUAAACUGUGUUUAAGCAAAGUUUUUAUAUGAUCAUGUUUUGAUAAAGUUGAAAGUUCUAUGUGUCUAAUGUAAAUAAAAUGCAAAGUUUUUAAGUUGA